AAAAACUAAAAAAUGUUAAAACAAGAAAAAUUAAAUAAUCAGUGAAAAAAAUCGUAAUAUUAUUGAAAGUGUAUUUUAAAGUACCGAAUUCUCAGUAUGAAGUUCAUUUUAGUUGCUAUUCUACUGUUGCUCAAUAUCUCCCAGUCAUUUCACAUGGAAAUGAGUGAUGGUGAGGAUGAAACAGAUAUGUAUACAUUUGGAGAAAAUUAUGAUAUUUCACCGGAAGAGCUAAGUGAAAUUCCAAGACAUCGGGCGAAACGUGGCAUAUGGGACUUUUUUCAAAAAAUGGUCAUAACCAAAAAUUUGAUUGUUGAGCAAUAUACCGAUACUAAAGAUACCCUAAAUGAAGUUUUCACCAUGUUCAAUAGCCAAUUUUCGGAUACUCCGAAUGCUACACCACGCAGCACAGAAGUCACAACCCCGAAAUCCAGCAGUGAAGAUACCACCGACAGUUCUGAAGUCAAAUCUACAACGGAACGAUUUUCAAUAUCUCGAUAUGACUUUGGACGCAUCCUGGGUCGUAAUUUCCGAGGUCUUCGACGUUUGACUGAAAUUGAAUUUCGCGAUGCUCUCAAUGCAACACAUUACAAUAUAGCGGAUUACAAAGCGGAAGCGAAUAAACAGUUUGCUAAUAGUUUGGCAGCUGAAAAGAAAAAACAAAUAAAAGCCUUAGUCAGAGGUUAAUUAAAUAAAAAAACAAAUGUAGUUUAGUGUAGAAUAGAAAUAUUAAUAGCCUGUUUGUCGGUCUCGAAGUCUAACUUUUGCAUUAAUUAAGAGUUUGUUUGAACGACAAUUCAAAGGAAAUUUCAAGAAGCUCUUACAGAAGAUGCAGAAGAUAUAUACCAGAAACCAUCUAGAUUGACAAAACAGGGUUCGAGUAACUGCAUUUCAUUCGUCUGGGGUUUCUUUUUCGACAUU